ACAGUGCAAACCAUAUGCUCAAGAAUUAUGUGCAGCCGGCAUCGUCCAUGAACAAUUUUGUAAGGCAGUAUCAAAAAUUAUUGUUUGAUCGACAAUCAGAGGAAGAUUUUCAAGCGAAGAAGACUCGUGUGGGUGGCGUUGUCUUCAACCUGGGAGUGCCUCUAGAAUACCAUGCAAGCAAGGUCUACACUGCAGCUAUGUAUGAGCUGUUCCAACACGCAAUUUACUUGUCAGGGUCAUUUGUGUUACAAGAGGCCUGGCAGACAGAACAAGGCGUGGUCUACGUUGUUAACCACAUCUAUGCAGAGAGGAGGCAAGCAUGGUCCAGGACACAAUAUCAUGUUCUGUUUCAUCAGGGGUCCGGAGGAUAUUUAUGUGAGUGUGGUCUUUACUCACAUAUGGGCAUGCUGUGCUGUCAUGCUAUUCGGGUGCUGCUACAUCUCGGAGUUAGGGAGAUCCCAGAAGUACACAUCAUGAAGAGAUGGACGAAGAACGCCUGCGAGAACCUGCCAGUGCAUCUGAUGAUAUAUAAAGCAUGCAAUUCUGCACUGAAGGACGCAACUUAUCGGCACUCUUCCUUGUACAGUAAGGCGCUCGAGAUUGUCCAAAUGGGGGACAAGAACACUGAAGCUUAUGGAGCUGCAAUGAAGCAGUUGCUGGACGCAAUAAGUGUUCUAAAUGAUAUCAACCAGGAGAGCGAUGGGCGAGGGUUAAAUGAUCAAGCCACUGCUCAAGCACAUGACCAAGAUGUCCCUGUGACACCAGGAGCAAAUGGUCUGUCAGGUUCAAUGAAUGUUGUAUCACGCAAGAGGGAUCUAGGCAGGCCAACAAACGCAAGAGCAAAGCCAGGUUAUGAAAAUGUCAGCAAGCCAAGAACAAAGUUUUGCUCAAUCUGUAGAGGGAGGGGUCACAAAGCAUCGGGAUGCCCCUCAUAUGGAGGGGUAGCAAAGAAAAAAAGGAAAGUUCCAAAGUGUACAAAGUGCGGCCUGGAAGGCCACAAGAGGAAUAACUGCUCAGGAAGAAUGUUCGGCGUCUUCCAAUGAUUUGAUUGCACUUGCAACUGGUUUACUUUUACUCUUGGCUCGUGCAUUUUUUUUGUGCAAAUAACCUCAUUUGCUGUUAAGGAAGAUGAAAAAUGAUGUUGUGGUGAACAUUUAGGUUUAUUUUGCGGCCGUGUAGUGAUCUUUCAGUUUCAAGACAUUAAAACUUGGCACUGCUUCAGAUGAUGUGCAAGUAAGAAGAUAACAUUUGUACUGAUGCGAGAAAGGACAAGUUCAUCUGAAAUUGAAACGGGGCU